GAGAAAUAACCGGAGUGAUUUUUAAAGUGCACCCGUUCAUAUCGUGGUAUUGUGGAGUGACACGUGCUCUUCACAUUAGGUGUACUAGAAUUUUCUGUUUAGGUAACGAAUCAGCCUCCAGGGGCAGUGCGCAUGCGCAGAAUCGUCAUCGUCGUUCUGGAUAUUUCUUCACGUGGAGUCAUUCCCCUUCAGUGUUUCAGAUCCACGCGCAGGAAGAACCCGGGGUGCAGAUCCACGCAGACCCUCUCUCACAUCCAGAAAUGGCCUUCAGAAAAUUCCUCCCCUUGUUCGACCGCGUGCUGGUGGAGCGCUUUACUCCAGAGACUGUGACGAAGGGGGGCAUCAUGCUGCCAGAGAAGUCUCAAGGCAAGGUGCUGCAGGCCAAGGUCGUGGCAGUAGGGCCUGGUGCUGUCAAUCAGGAUUUCUACAACUGGCCGGAUGAAUCAUUUGAGGAGAUGGACAGCACCCUGGCUGUCCAACAGUACAUUCAGCAGAAUAUCAGAUCAGAUUGUUCCAAUAUCGACAAAAUCCUGGAACCUCCAGAGGGCCAGGAUGAGGGGGUGUGGAAGUACGAGCACCUCAGGCAGUUCUGCCUGGAGCUCAACGGACUAGCCGUCAAACUGCAGAGCGAGUGCCAUCCAGACACCUGCACCCAGAUGACAGCCACGGAGCAGUGGAUCUUUUUAUGUGCUGCCCACAAGACACCCAAAGAGUGCCCUGCCAUUGAUUACACCAGGCACACGCUGGACGGAGCUGCCUGUCUUCUCAAUAGCAACAAAUACUUCCCCAGCAGGGUGAGCAUCAAGGAGUCGUCAGUGGCCAAACUGGGCUCUGUCUGUCGUCGCAUCUAUAGGAUAUUCUCUCAUGCCUACUUCCAUCACCGCCAGAUAUUUGACAAGUAUGAGAAUGAAACGUUCCUGUGUCACCGGUUCACACGCUUCGUAAUGAAGUACAACCUGAUGUCCAAGGACAACCUGAUCGUGCCCAUUCUGGAGGAGGAGGCGCAGAACACCUCAUCAGCUGGGGAGAGCGAGGCCUAAGAAACAGCUGCUGCCAUAAGGGAGACACCUGUACAAACACAGUUUUACGCAUUACAGAGGAGACACAUUCACACACCUGCAUCUACAGGACACACACAUAAAUAUACACACACUACAGUGUAUUAAGGCUCUUGUCUAGUAACACUGUCCAUGUCCCUCCACCCUUGUCACCUGUGUCUAUCUCAAAGGAAGUAAGGGUAAAGAAUACCAGGAGCAGAGUUCAGCCAUGCCUGCAGGACAAGAUGUUGUUGUUUUUUUUAAUCCUGUUUCUGCUGUCAUUCACAUUCACACUGUGUCUCUGCUACCAGGACACAGUUUGUUUCUGGAUACAGUCCUGCUCUCACACUACUCCUUUUGGGAAACCCUGUUCCUUUUAAUCUUCUUUAAGCAGCUGGAUUUGCAAAAACCUAUGUAAUCAUGGUGACCUGUAUUGUUGACAAAGGCACACACUGACAGUCUCCCCGUCUGUAUAUAACCCCCCACUCCCCCUCUCUCUUAUUCACUAUCAUGUUUUCUGAUGGUGCUUCACUCUUUUGUGUCUGCUUCUGUUCUCUAUUUGCUUGUGUUGCCUGUUUUGGGGGUGUCCCAUGAAAUGGAUCAUUAAAUUAGCCUGCUGACUUAAUAAUGCUAUUAAAACACAAUGUAGGUGUGUGGCUUGUGUGGUAGUGAACAAAGACAAACUUAAUCUCUAGCUUUGUACGUGUACUAGCAGUCAGAUAUUCUUUCUCUUCGGCCUCUGAAAUGAUGUUUCAGAGUAUUUAGGAAGGCUCGUUGGCUAACUCUGAUCCUGCUUUGUGACAUGCCCCCAUUUUAAUACUGUGUAAAAUGUGCCUGAUAUUCUUUUUCCUUGACAUAAUAGUAAGUGAAACCAUGACUGUAUGGGCAGAGACUGAGCUGCUGUAAGCCAGUUUUUACCACUUUAAGCAUUUGAUGAGUAAAUAACCACAAGGAAGGAUGGAAUAUCGGCUACAUUUUAAUAUCGGAGCACAACCUCCCCUCUUUUACCCUCUCCCUCAUUAAGUUAUUUUGUGGGAGGAGUCUUGUCAAUCCAACCCACUUUUUUUUUUAAUGGACUAAAAAAUUUUGUUACUGUUGACAUUUUCAUGAUGUCUGUUAAUAAAAAAUACCUAUUAUUCA